UGAAAUAUUAGCCCAGCCCAGCAGCCCUUCCUAUUUCCCCUCCCUUUCCUCAAACAGUCUCAGUCGGUUCGCCCGCAGCACUUGCGUUCUCUCGGCCGGGGAUUCAUAUCAGAGAUGGCUGCGAAAGUGUGUAGAUCGGUCCUCCUCCUGUCCCGGAGCAGCGGAGCCGUAGCCUCUUCUGCUUUCCCCGCAUUCGGUGUCUCCUCACAACGACAGCAUCAGAGCACAAGAACGGAGGCGCUGUCCGUUUCCCUUGGAAGUCACCAGACUGUCAGGAGAGCACACGGUCUGAGAACAGGUGCCAGGUCUGCUCUCUUCUGCCACCCCAGUGCCACUCUGACAGCCCAGGGCUGGAAGGGCUCCCCCUCAUGGCAGGGUCAAAGACUACUGUGUUCAUCCUCUUCUACAGAAGACGUUACGGUGGUGUAUCAGAACGGAUUGCCGGUGAUAUCCGUACGUCUGCCGUCCCGACGAGAACUCUGCCAGUUCACCCUCAAACCCUUGAGCGACAAUGUGGGCGUUUUCCUUCAGCAGCUGCAGGCCGAGGACAGGGGCAUCGAUAGAGUCGCCAUCUACUCUGAAGAUGGAGCAAGGAUAGCGUCCUCUACAGGGAUUGACAUUUUACUAAUGGACAGCUUUAAGCUAGUCAUAAAUGACACAACACACCUGGUGCUGCCACCCAGGAGAGAUCUGCUACCGCACGAGGACACGGAACGAUUGAACGACGUCAAGCUCUUGGUGCAGCAGCUCUACAGCACUCUGCGCAUAGAGGAGCAUCAGCUGAGCAAAGAGAGAGAGCUGAUUGGACGACUGGAGGACCUCAACUCGGAGCUCCGGCCCUUAGAGAAGGUCAAAGAAGAACUGUGUAAGAAAGCCGAGCGCAGGACUACGUGGGUGCUGUGGGGUGGGAUGGCUUACAUGGCCACACAGUUUGGCAUUCUUGCACGGCUGACCUGGUGGGAGUACUCAUGGGACAUCAUGGAGCCCGUCACGUAUUUUAUCACCUACGGCACUGCCAUGGCCAUGUAUGCUUACUUCGUGCUGACACGUCAGGAAUAUAUUUACCCAGAUGCCAGGGACAGACAGUACCUGCUGUUCUUUCAUAAGGGAGCGAAGAGAACACGCUUUGACAUUGAGAAGUACAACAAACUGAAGGAUGCGAUUGCUGAUGCGGAGUCGGAUCUAAAGCGUCUACGAGACCCGCUGCAGUUGCACCUCCCUGUCCAGGAAAUCAAUACCAGCAAGGACUGAUGAGAAAGUGAAGCCCUUUUUGCCUCUCGCUCUUAUUUCACUCACAUCUGCCUCUUUGCGUUUCGUUUUCUGUCUGUCUUUUUGUGUUUUGUUCUUAUCUCUACAACCUCAAUGAAAAACCAUAUCCACAGCAAGCUUCGGAGAUUUAUUAUUAUCCUAUUUGUUGUUUUCUUUAAUUUGGCAAGUCUAUGCAGAGGAGAAGAGAUACAAUUAAAUGAAAUGUUAAUUCUACAUCCAUGAACGGAUGACAGAUGCUUGCGGAUCAGGCGCCCUCGUAACGCUACAGGACCACACAGCUACUUCAGACAGGAAGUUGGUAGACUGGGAUUCAAACAGUACAUCGCUAUGAGACAAUGACCCCACGUCUUGCAUGGGACACAGACUCUGAGGUCUAAAAACCAUCUGCCCUCUGGCUUUUUCCCACAUUGGCGUACUGCUGAUUUCCCUAACUCUGACACUUUGCGGAAGAGAUUUCGGGAUGUGGUGCUCUUUUCCAUCUCGGGAAAAGAUCCGUUUACCAUCGAAACCAGUCCUCUUGUGGCCGAAACGCUGCAUUGACACCUGUGCCCAAGAGCCCUAAGCUUGAUUCCUUUUCUCACUUCCUGUACGGACAUGUUAAGAGCUGAAGGCAGACCUAACAGCUAAAAUAUCACUGUGUGUUCUAUUAUUCCAAAAAGAAAAAAAAAGAAUCAAAGAAAUGUUGGCACUUUUUUUAAAA